AUGGCCACACCAGGAGGGCAUUUUGCCGACGCUGAAAUAUCAACGGGCAGUGCUCUAGAUGGCAAGUACCUCGACGAGGACGAAGUCAUCGGAUAUGUAGAGCCGUGGAUGGCUUCUCCUGGAGAGAGGGUUGACGUCAAGGUUUCAAGCACGAUACCGAAAUACACAUGGACGCUCGUUCGAAUAGUCCAAGGUCUGGAGCACCCCAAAGCUCCAGAAGUGAAGAAAGAGCUAGUCUUCAAGCCGACCCCUGGCUCAGACAUUAUCGAUGGCUCUUACCGGCGAUGCAACUCUGGAUCGUACGCCGUGGUCGACUCGUGGAAGGCCAUCCCUAAUGAACGGAUCAUGGGCGUGCGCCUGAGCUGCUUCGUCGAACCGUGGCUCCUUGAGGCCGGCCACGAUCAAGCUCUGAUUUCUUGCCUGGACGCUCACAACUCGUCCGGCUUUGCUUUGCUUCUAAAUAAGUCAGGGACAUUGUGUUUCUAUGUGGGCUCCGGAGACGCCAUUCAGCAGUUCGAUACGGGGAUACGACUGCGCCAUCGAAGAUGGGCAGAGGUGAAGUUGAGCAUAGACACUCGCCAACUCGCCGUCCAUGCCAGGCACUGCGAGAAUCUAGCUGAGAUCUACCCGGAACCGGCCGACUUCUGCGCGCCUAUACCUGGCCCACUGGCUCUUACAGGGAGCAGCCCUUUGACUCUGGCGGCUGGGCUCUUCGGCGAGGAUCUCAGACCAGCUGCCACCGCAGCCAGCUUCUUCAACGGCCGUCUAGACUCACCCCACAUUGAGCUGUCUUAUGAUGGCAACACUUACAUAACGUGGGCGUCGUACGACUUCUCGUUGAAUAUUCCAACGGACAAGAUCACCGACACGUCUGAGAAGGUCCAUCACGGCGUGUUGGUCAACGCCCCUACCAGAGCGGUCAGGGACCAUAGCUGGGACGGCGCGGAGCCAGACUGGACCAAGGCCAAGUACGGGUACGGUGCCAUUCACUUCCACGAGGAUGACCUGGACGACGCCAUGUGGCCGACAGAUUUUACCGUCCAGGUCCCCAAUGAUGCUCCGUCGGGGGCCUACGCCGUUAUCGUGCAAGGCGCGGACGAAGAACACCGACAUAUAACGGACGCCAUCACCUUCUUCGUCCGUCCGGAUCCACGGUCCCAGGCUACCCGUCCAAAGACAGCCAUCGUUCUUUCGACAUUUACAUAUCUCGCCUACGCCAACGAGCACAUGUACGACCAAAGCCGUGCCUCCCGCAUGGAGCUUUCUGGGGGCGUGCCUAUUCGCAAGGAUGCCAACUGGCGACGAAUGGCGCGCCGAGCCGACUUGGGGUGCUCGCUCUACGACGUGCACCGCGACGGCUCGGGCGCCGUCUUCACUUCGUCUCGCCGGCCAAUCCUCAACAUUCGACCCGACUACAUCAACUGGGCCUUUCACCGCCCGAGAGAGUUCAGCGCCGACCAGCUCAUGAUAGGGUUUCUCGAGCAACAACUUGGACGAGGGGGCUAUGACGUGCUGACCGAUCACGACGUGCACUUGCAGGGCGUGGACGCGCUCGCGGGAUACAAGGUCGUCAUCACGGGGUGCCAUCCAGAGUAUCCCAGCUUGGAGAUGCUCAACGCCUACCGCGCCUUUGCAAACCGAGGCGGCAGCAUCAUGUAUCUCGGCGGUAACGGCUUCUACUGGUGCGCCGUCGUCGAUCCCGCAAGGCCACACAGGGUCGAGGUACGCAAGGGAGACCAGGGCUGUCGGUCCAUCGAACUCCCUGCCGGGGAGCGCGUGCAUUCGCUCAAUGGCGCGCACGGCGGCCUCUGGAGAGCCCGAGGGAGGACUCCGCAAUCUCUGUUCGGCAUCGGGAGCUGCGCCUGUGGAAACGGCUUGGGGGUCCCAUACCGCUUCUCCGAUGAGGUGACACGCUCUGGGGGCUUUGCCUGGUUGUUUGAGGGGCUUGAGAGAGACGAGGCGGGAAACGUGGCUCUGCUGGGCACGGAGGGCUUUGGCGGCGGAGCAUCAGGCGAUGAGAUUGACAGGCUGGACUUUGGCCUCGGGACGCCUUCCAACACGGUCCUCCUGGCGACGAGCACGGGGCACGAUGACACCUUUGGCUUGUUCAACGAGGAGACCAUGUUCCCCAUGGUCAACACGGUCGGUUCCGCGUGCGCCAAGAUCCGCAGCGACAUGGUCAUGUACGAGACCAACGGCGGAGGCUUCAUAUUCAGCGUCGGGAGCAUCAACUGGUACUGCUCCUUGGGGUGGAAUAAGUAUGACAAUGACGUUGCUAGGCUCACUUGGAAUGUCCUGAGGAGGCUCCUUUCGGGCAGCGAGACGCGUGGGGGCGCCAGUGAUUCGGCGGCUGCCGCAACUGCUGCGGUGGCAUAG